AGGUCACCCCUGGUGAGACUUGGCCUGCAUCCUGGGUUUGCAGUUGUGAUUUAUUUUUGGCACCUCAGCCUUGCCUCAUCAAGUAGCAAAGCACGAAGGAGGAGCAGCAAAAUAUCCUGCUCCGGCCACGAGUGUCUCCUUGGGACACACUUCAGUCCUGUUGUCCCCUCUCCUCAAGGGGCUCUGGGACCUUUGUGAUUCCCAUCAAGUUCACUCAAGGGCCUGCAAGGACCUAACGAGCCCUUCAGGAUCACCUCCACGGAGCUGAGCAUGACACGGGACGAGGCACUGCCGGACUCACAUUCCGCACAGGGUUUCUAUGAGAACUAUGAGACCAAAGAGAUCCUGGGCAGGGGAGUUAGCAGUGUCGUCAGGCGCUGUAUCCACAAGCCCACGUGCCAGGAGUACGCCGUGAAGAUCAUUGACAUCACCGGCGGGGGCAGCUUCAGCGCCAAGGAGGUGCAGGAGCUGCGACAGGCCACGCUGAAGGAGGUGGACAUCCUGCGCAAGGUGUCAGGGUACCCCAACAUAAUACAGCUGAAGGACACUUAUGAGAACAACACUUUCUUCUUCUUGGUGUUUGAUCUGAUGAAGAGAGGGGAGCUCUUUGAUUACCUCACUGAGAAGGUCACCCUGAGUGAGAAGGAAACCAGGAAGAUUAUGAGGUCCCUGCUGGAGGUGAUCUGCACCUUGCACAAACUCAACAUCGUACAUCGGGAUCUGAAGCCCGAGAACAUCCUCUUGGAUGAUGACAUGAACAUCAAGCUCACAGACUUUGGCUUUUCCUGCCAGCUGGAGCCAGGACAGAAGCUACGAGAGAUCUGUGGCACUCCCAGUUACCUGGCCCCUGAGAUCAUUGAGUGCUCCAUGAACGAUGACCACCCAGGCUACGGGAAGGAGGCGGAUAUGUGGAGCACAGGGGUCAUCAUGUACACCCUGCUGGCCGGCUCCCCGCCCUUCUGGCACCGGAAGCAGAUGCUGAUGCUGAGGAUGAUCAUGAGUGGCAACUACCAGUUUGGCUCACCUGAGUGGGAUGACUACUCCGACACCGUGAAAGACUUGGUUUCCCGCUUCUUGGUGGUGAACCCUCAGAGCCGCCUUUCAGCAGAAGAGGCCUUAGCGCAUCCCUUCUUCCAGCAGUAUGAUGUGGAAGAAGUGCGCCACUUCAGCCCCAAGGGGAAGUUCAAGGUGAUCGCUCUGACAGUGCUGGCUUCAGUGAGGAUCUACUACCAGUACCACCGGGUGAAGCCUGUGACCCGGGAGAUCGUCAUUCGUAACCCCUAUGCCCUCCGGCCUCUGCGCCGACUCAUCGAUGCCUACGCUUUCCGAAUCUAUGGCCACUGGGUGAAGAAGGGCCAGCAGCAGAACCGGGCUGCCCUCUUUGAGAACACACCCAAGGCCGUGCUCCUCUCCCUGGCUGAGGAGGACUACUGAAUUGUGCCACUGCCUCAGCUUCUCCUCACGGGAGGCCCAGAGCUACUGACACCAGGAUGAACUUCCCUCAGGGUCCCAGAAUGAGGAUGAAGGCCAGGCAACAGUCUGAGAUGCACCAUCAUGGGAGACUUUACUGGCCUCACAACGUCCAUGGGAGCAGGUUCUUCUCAAGGGGACAGUUUUCUAGAAGCAUAUAGAAGCCCUUACGUAAUUAACAAUAGAAAGGGAAACAUCUCACAUUUGUCUUUCUGGAAGACUAUUACUUUGUGACUUCACGAUUCACAAUUUGGCCUCCUGGCCCUUUAAAGACUGAUGCUGUGCCUUAAAGAGUCCAUGUUACUGCAUUUCACAUACAGCUAGUGGGAAUCGGGUUCCUUCAGAAGCACAUAAAGCACUAUAAAUGAGACAAAUGAAGGAAGCAUUUUUUUUU